CUGGCGAGUAGUGGGCAGGGAACUCAACAGGAAGUGUGAAGCGUAGCUGGAGCCGCCGUGGGUUCUGCUGUAGCUCAAAUUUGUGAGCUGUAAUUGGGAAAAUGGAUGCCACAGUGAUUUUGCCCAUAUUGAAGAAAAAACUGGCCUUCCUUUCAGGAGGAAAGGACAGAAGAAGUGGCCUUAUUUUGACAAUCCCAUUGUGCUUAGAGCAGACAAAUAUGGAUGAACUUAGUGUCACAUUGGACUAUCUCCUCAGCAUUCCAAGUGAUAAAUGUAAAGCCAGAGGAUUUACAGUCAUUGUAGAUGGAAGGAAAUCACAGUGGAAUAUUGUGAAGACCGUAGUCCUAAUGCUUCAGAAUGUUGUUCCUGCCGAAGUGUCUCUAGUUUGUGUGGUCAAGCCCGAUGAGUUUUGGGAUAAAAAAGUUACACAUUUUUGUUUUUGGAAAGAAAAGGAUAGACUGGGUUUUGAGGUAAUCUUGGUUUCUGGCAACAAACUAACAAGAUACAUAGAACCUUGUCAGCUGACAGAAGAAUUUGGUGGAAGUCUCACUUAUGACCAUAUGGACUGGUUAAAUAAAAGAUUAGUAUUUGAAAAGUUCACAAAAGAAUCUAUGUCAUUGCUGGAUGAGCUUGCUGUGAUCAACAACGGCAGUGAAAAGGCAAAUCAGGGUGAAAAGGAAAGGUCCAUGGAUUUCAACUUUCUUCCUUCUGUUGACCCAGAGACUGUUCUUCAAACCGGGCAUGAGCUACUUUCUGAACUUCAGCAGCGUCGGUUUAAUGGUUCUGAAGGAGGGGUUUCCUGGUCCCCAAUGGAUGACGAACUUUUGGCUCAGCCUCAGGUCAUGAAACUUCUUGAUUCCUUAAGAGAGCAAUACACCCGAUAUCAGGAAGUCUGCAGGCAACGCAGCAAGCGCACACAGCUAGAUGAAAUCCAGCAGAAGGUUAUGCAGGUUGUAAAUUGGCUUGAAGGGCCGGGUUCAGACCAGCUAAGGACGCAGUGGGGGAUUGGAGACUCCAUUAGAGCUUCUCAGGCUCUGCAACAGAAACAUGAGGAGAUUGAGAGCCAGCACAGUGAAUGGUUUGCAGUGUAUGUUGAACUAAAUCAGCAAAUUGCUGCUCUGUUGAAUGCUGGCGAUGAAGAAGAUUUAGUAGAAUUGAAGACUUUGCAGCAACGACUUAGUGAUGUCUGCUAUCGCCAAGCCAGCCAAUUAGAAUUUCGUCAAAAUCUUCUCCAGGCAGCAUUAGAAUUUCAUGGCGUUGCCCAAGAAUUAUCACAGCAACUGGAUAGCUUACUGGGAAUGCUUUGUGUUGAUGUGGCCCCAACAGAUGGUGCAGCGAUUCAGCAAACAUUAAAACUGCUUGAGGAGAAGUUAAAAAGUGUCGAUACAGGCCUCCAAGGUUUACGUGAGAAAGGACAAGGUCUUUUGGAUCAAAUUACUAACCAAUCAUCCUGGGCUUAUGGAAAAGAUGUCUCUACAGAAAAUAAAGAUAAUGUUGACCAUAUACAAGGGGUAAUGGAGGACAUGCAGCUCAGGAAACAGAGAUGUGAAGACAUGGUAGAUGUCCGAAGAUUAAAAAUGCUUCAGAUGGUGCAAUUAUUUAAAUGUGAAGAAGAUGCAGCACAGGCAGUGGAAUGGUUAAAUGAAUUAUUGGAUGCACUUUUGAAAACUCACAUCAGAUUGGGAGACGAUAGUCAGGAAACAAAAAUUUUGAUGGAGAAGCACCGGAAAUUUGUUGACGUUGCUCAGAGUACAUAUGAUUAUGGCCGACAGUUACUGCAAGCCACAGUUGUAUUGUGUCAGUCUCUGAGAUGCACGUCUAGGUCAUCGGGGGAAACUCUUCCAAAACUUAACAGAGUAUGGAAACAGUUUACGAUAACCUCAGAAGAGAGAGUUCACCGACUGGAAAUGGCUCUUGCCUUUCACUCAAAUGCAGAAAAGGUUUUACAAGAAUGUCCGGAACUUUCGGAAUCUGUCAUAGAUUUUGAACAGUUUGAUGAAAUUGAAGCUGUUGGGAAAACUUUGCUGGAUAGACUAACAGUGCCUGUAAUUUAUCCCGAUGGGACAGAACAGUAUUUUGGCAGCCCAAGUGAUAUGGCCUCCACAGCGGAACACAUCCGAGAUCGAAUCAAGAUGGUGUGCUUAAAAAAGCAACAGCUGCUAGAACCUGAUGUAUCCAUAAGAGAGGGUUAAUGGACUGAAUUUACCCAACACUAAAGCUGCCAUCUGUAUUACAGCAUGUCGUCGGCAUAAUACUAUAAACAAUAAUCCAUCAGAUGCAUUUCACUUUCAUCCUAAAAAAUAUCAUUGACACAAUUGAAAGCAUUUCUCCAUGUAACACUACAAAUCUAUCAAGCCUUACUUAUUUAAUGUGCUGUAACCAUAAAUGCAAAGUAUCUUAAAUGAAAGUGUAAUUAUUGCACUGAACUCUACAUUAACCCUUCUUUUGCCAAAGGGGUCUUCAACGCAAAGCUGGAUAAUGCGUUACAUUUCCCCUAGCAGUGAAAAAGGGUUGGAAGCUUAAUUUAAGUGAUUAUGAAAUAGUUGACAAUAGCUUUUAAUGGUGCUACCAAAAGUGAAGAUAUUCUCUAUAAUAAUAAUAAUAUUUGGGCAAAGAAUUUAAAAGCACUGUUAUUGGCCAGAUAAUGUAGUAUUUUUAGAAUGUGGUAAAUUACCUGUUGUUUUUAGGCAGUAGCGUUCUUCAACUUUUGUCUUAAAACAUUUCAUUUUUUGUGUCAUUAUGCAACCUGUCCAUUACACCUUUGAUAAAUCAUCGUCAUCAUGAAACAAUGUUUUCUUACUGUUACGAAACAAUGUAUUUAAAGCUGUUUGUGCUGAAUAAAAAACAUCUUUGUAAGAUUAGAUAUUUUGUAUAUUUAACCACAAGGAAAAACUGAAAUGAUUUAGAUAGAGCAUGUCAUUUUAAACAACUUUCAAAUUUACUUCUAUUAUCAUUUUUGUUCUCUUGGUAUCUUUUAUUGAAAAGCAGGGACAUAAGCUUAGUAGCCGGCCCAUUUCUGGUGCAGGCAGCAAUUUUGCAAGAAUGUUAUCCAUUUGCAAGAGCACUAGAUGGCAGCACUAUUUCCUGCCAUGUAGUGCUCCAGAUGCCUACCUAGGUAUCUCUUGAACAAAGAAUACCAUGGGAAUGAAGCAAAUUUGAUAAUAGAAGUAAAUAGGAAAUGUUUUUAAAAUUGUAUUCUCUGUCUGAAUCACAAAAGAAAAUGUUUGGGUUUCUUAACCCUUUAAAUAGUGUGUUAUCCCUGUUUAGUUAGGGAAUAUAAUAAUUGCUGUAUUGGCUACAGAGGGCACAUUGUUUUCAGUAGCUCCUUUAACAAGGAUACUGCACUGUAAGUUUCUCACCUUUAAAGGGACAGUCAAAUCUCAAGGUGUUUACUGUCCCUUAUAUGUGUUCCAAAUGACAAAUUUGUAUCUGCUGGGAUAUAUUAAAUUGUUUACAAUAGCUCAUUUACUUUAUUUUGUUUUAGUUGUUUUUGCCUGAUGAAACCGCCCUCUAUACUUGAAACAUGCAUACUGCAGUAUUUUCUCUAGAAAAGCUAUAAAAUCAAUCUUACAGUGGUGAAUGGGAGAGAUCUAAAGUCCAGUCUAUUUUAAAGGAUGUUGCUCUAAUUGCUUGGAAUACAAUGAACUGUCAUCAGCAAGGUGAAUUGUGUAUACAGUAUCUUACAAAAGUGAGUACACCCCUCACAUUUUUGUAAAUAUUUUAUUAUAUCUUUUCAUGUGACAACACUGAAGAAAUGACACUUUGCUACAAUAUAAAUUAGUGAGUGUACAGACUGUAUAACUGUAAAUUUGCUUUCCCCUCCAAAUAACUCAGCACACAGCCAUUAAUGUCUAAACCGUUGGCAACAAAAGUGAGUACACCCCUAAGUGGAAAUGUCCAAAUUGGGCCCAAUUAACCAUUUUCCCUCCCGGUGUCAUGUGACUCGUUAGUGUUACAAGGUCUCAGGGAGCAGGUGUGUUAAAUUUGAUGUUAUCGCUCUCACACUCUCUCAUACUGGUCACUGGAAGUUCAACAUGGCACCUCAUGGCAAAGAACUCUCUGAGAAUUGUUGCUCUACAUAUAGAUCUUUGUAAUUGUAAGAAAUGUAUUUUUGACAUGCAAUAUUCAAGUCCACCACUAGAGGGCGAUAUAUGUGCAAUUUUUUCACAAUUGUUUGGCGCCAAUAUGUCUAUUUAAAUUCAAUUUAUGUCAGGCUUGAGAAAGGGCUUAUUGUUAGCCCGAAACGUUGCUGUAUUUGACCUGUGUUUAAAAUAAAAGUCACUUUGCUCACUG